GAAACUUCAUUUUCAUUCAUAGCCUGCCAGAAAAUGACAACCGUAUUAUCGAGUAAUAAAAUUUCAUUCAAUGUUGAAGUUUGUGUAGCAAUAACGUGAUGUUUAGUGUAGAAGUUGACUGAAAAUAAUGUAAAUUUCGUAAAUAUUUGAUAGCGCUUUCUGUUCUUUAUAGUUUAGAUUAAAACGCUCCACAAAAUGGCAGGUCGUAAUCGUCCUGUUCAACACAAAAACUUUUCAAAUAUAUUUUCGAAGCUCCAAGGGGCCUUCUCCGACGUAGUAACGCAUCCCAAAUAUGCUACAGACAAACGAACUCUCGAUAAAACAUGGAAACUCAUGGAUAAAGUAGUCAAACUGUGUCAACAUCAAAAGAUGAACCUCAAAAAUUCACCCCCUUUUAUUUUGGAUAUUCUUCCGGAUACGUACCAAAGGCUAAGGCUAAUCUAUUCAAAAUACGAGGAUAAUUUGCAAGCUUUACAUUCAAUUGAACAUUUUAGUAUAUUUAUUAUUAAUCUAAUGAGAAAGUGUAAGCAAGCAAUUAAACUCUUUAAGGAAGGCAAAGAAAAAAUGUUUGAUGAGAACUCGCAUUACCGAAGAAAUUUAACAAAACUUAGUUUAGUGUUUAGUCAUAUGUUAAGUGAACUAAAAGCUCUAUUUCCAAACGGUGUGUUUGCAGGUGACUUAUUUAGGAUUACUAAGUCUGAUGCUGCUGAUUUUUGGAGAACAAACUUUGGUAACAGCACGUUGGUACCAUGGAAAUUAUUUAGACAGGAACUGAAUAAUGUACAUCCAAUCAGCUCAGGAUUAGAAGCAAUGGCACUCAAAUCAACAAUAGAUCUUACUUGUAAUGAUUACAUAUCAAAUUUUGAAUUUGACGUAUUUACAAGGUUAUUUCAACCUUGGGGAACGUUAUUGAGAAAUUGGCAAAUCCUAGCCGUAACUCAUCCCGGUUACGUGGCGUUUCUAACCUACGAUGAAGUGAAAGCCCGAUUGCAGAGGUACAUCAACAAGGCGGGUAGCUAUGUAUUCAGAUUGUCGUGUACUAGAUUAGGACAAUGGGCAAUUGGUUAUGUAACACUAGACGGAGAAAUAUUACAAACAAUACCUCAAAAUAAAAGUCUGAUUCAGGCUCUGUUGGAUGGCUAUCGGGAAGGAUUUUAUCUUUAUCCGGAUGGUAGAUCUGUGAAUCCUGAUUUAUCAUGGGCUGUACAACCGAGUCAAGAAGACCAUAUUGCUGUAACACAAGAACAAUAUGAACUUUACUGUGAGAUGGGUAGUACAUUCCAAUUAUGUAAAAUAUGCGCAGAAAACGAUAAAGACGUCCGCAUCGAACCUUGUGGUCAUCUAUUGUGUACACCUUGUUUAACAGCAUGGCAGGCCGGUUCCGAAGGUCAAGGAAGUCAAGGAUGUCCAUUCUGCAGGGCCGAAAUCAAAGGAACAGAACAAAUAGUUGUCGAUCCUUUUGAUCCCAAGAAGUCUCAUCAGAGACCCAAAACGACUAUAACCAAUGCAACAGGCAAUAAUUGUGUCAACACUCUUGACGAUGACGAUCUGGAGUUAGAGGACACGGGAGAAAUAUGGAAUUUCGUUGGAAGCAGCCUCCACGCUCUAUCUAUAACACCCAGAAGAGACUUUUCAGCUUCAGCAAGUCCGAUGAUUUCACCGGGAAGUAGUCCAAGGUGCUUGCGACGAAAUACACCUGUAGUAGUACCUCCUGCAGCACCUCCUCCUUUGCCACCUCGUAAGAGUUCACCAACUCAUGAACAAACCAUACUUCCUUCAGUUGUUCCUACCGUUUCUAGUAUCCGAAACGGUGUGGUAGGACUUAGCGAAGCGCAAUCAGUCACUAAUUUAACUCACAUCAAUAUAGAAGUACCUCAACUACCGAAAAGCAGUUCUAUGCUAAAUAUUGAAUUGCAUAGAGCUGGUAGCAAUGAGAACGAAGUGGUUGAAUUAAGUUCUCCCGAGACCAUUUACGGAGUCGUGAUACAAAGUAGCGAUUACUAUGACCGUAGUAGUGUGGUAACUACAACAGCAGCAGAAUCUAAAUUACCUAAUAGACAUUUGAGCUGCCCAUCAAAUCGGAGCCAACCACGACAUAUGAAACCACCGAAAUCCAAUACUAUCCCCAAUAUAAGCCAGGAUAAUUCUUUGCAAUAUGAAAAUGUUGAAAUUGAGGUGCCACCAAAAAUCCAUCAAAGAAUAAAUCCUUUAGAAAGAGAAACGAAUGUUUCAUAUGAAAAUUUGAAUAUGGAUUAUAUUAAAAAAUUAGUAAGUGAAGGGUAUUCUCGAGAUUCUGUUAUAAAAGCUUUAGGGAUUACUAGGAAUAAUGUUGAUAUGGCUUGUGAUAUUUUGCACGAGUUUGGCACAAAGUUGGGAUAGCAAAUGUAAAUAUAUUAUUCAGUUGAAUUGUUUUUGGUGUAGAAUAGCAAAUAAUAAAAAGUAGCUAAUGUUAAUUUUCAUAAUUUUAUUGUUUAAUUAUUCUACAUUAUUUAAAUAAGGCUUGAGAUCGAGAGUAGAUAUUCAGAAUACUAUUUCAGUUAUUAUUAUUAUAACUUCACAUUUUUCGUUUGAAGGCGACAUGACAUAUUUUAUAAAAAAAUCAAGAAAUAUUAUAAUAAAAACCUAAGUUAAAAAUUGGACCUCUGAAAAAAUCAGUAGGUAAUGGUAUAAAAAUUAACAAAAGUUCAACGGGGUCCAUUACUAUAUCUAAAAUUUGUGUAAAAAAAUAGAAUAAUAUAUAUUUUGUUUUCUUUAAGUGAAUUAAGAUUGGAGAAUUUCCAUUUUUCUACUGACAAUAGAUGGAUAUACCUUUAUUAUUGUCUAAAAUUCCAAUAGAAGAAACUCACGCAGUCUGAAUUUCUAUAUAAAAAAAUUUAUCUAUUUAAAAAUCCGGCACAGUGCAUAGCAUUUAACCAAGAUUGAUGUGCACGCUAGUCAAAAAAAGUAUAUUAUAUACAGAAACCAACCUAACGACGAUUUAGAAUGUAUAUUCUAAGCAUUAUGUAUUAACAAGUAUUCUAGUCAGUGAAAUAAAAUUUUCUGCACCAAAUCGGAAAUCUAAUCUUUUCAAAACAUUAUAGUUAUUGUUCGUCGUCGUCAUUUGCCAAUAAUUUUUGUAACAAACUCAUGUAAUAAGAAUAAUUUUUUUACACUUUCCAAAUAUCAUAACCAUCUAGAUUUUAUAUUAGAAUUUUAUUAUUGACCAUUGAGCUACUGUGUUUUUCAUUUAUUUAUUUAUUUAUACACAAAUAUGGCAAGUUUCAUUAGACGGAUAUGAAACUUUUUACAGUUUUACAGAAUAUUGUUAAUGCCAAAACUUUUCUUUUCAAAACGUUUUUAUGUUCACAUAAAAACUGGUUGAUUUCGUUUUUGAAACUUCUUUAAUUGUUAUAACAGUAAUGCAAUCAUUUUUAUCCAACGCGACCUUGUUUUUGUAUUAUAUUUUUGUGUUUUUCCAAAAAUUAUCGAAGGAAAUCAAUGUAUGUACAAGUCCAUAAUAAAUGAUAGAAGGUGAUUCAGAAUUAAAUACAUGACUUCUUUAUGUACACUUGUAUAAUUAGGAAAGCGCAACCUUCUAAAGGAGAACCUUUCAUUAUGUUUACAAAGUUCAUAUUUUGGAAAUCACUGUGAAACGUUAAGAUAACCAAUUUUAUAGUAGGAGGAAUAAAAAAAAAAUAUUUUAUUUUGUAAAUAUAUCUGGCAUAUUCGGGUCUAUGCUACUUUGAGGGUACACUUUAGGAUGUGAGAGAUCACAUUUACAAGUUAUAAAUCAUAUAUUUUCAUAUGACGUUGGUACAUUUUUUCAAUUUUUUGUUUCACUGUGAAACAGAAAAUGUUCCCACAGUAAAACAUAUUGAAAAUGGUAAAUAAAAUGGAAUUAAUAAUGACGUUUUAUUUUUUUAAGAAAAUCUGAUUAUAUACGGGUACAUUCCCAAAUAUGUUUGUGCAGGCAAUAUGAGUUUUAUAUCUUUUUCAUCUAGAGUUUCUCAGUAUGGCAACGAAAGGCGAAACUAUUCUGGGACUCCACACUCCGACGACGUUAGCUUCAUAGUCACAGUUGCUGCCUUUAUUCUUUAAAAUUUUGACAGUGUAAUGUAAUUAUUGUUUUAAUUGAAUUGAAUCAAUACAAAAUUGUCUACAGUAGGUGGUUCACUUAACUUAGGAGAAUCAAAGUCGUCGAAUUCUUCUGAGAUAUGGUAUGAGUUAUCAUUCAACUCCAUUUCGAACUCGCUUUCAUCAUCGUCGCUAGAAGACAGAGAAAUCUUUUUCUUGAUUUCACUCCAUUGCUUAGUUCUUUGUUGUAAUUCUGCUUUUCCGCUUUCUUGUUUGUUCCAUGAAUCUUUUCUAAUUUUGAACAAUGCGGGGGUAGUGUCGAUAGGCACUUUCUGCUGCCUUUCUUAGUGUAAUAUUUUCUUCGAUUACUAAGCAGCUUCUAUCUCUUAAUUUUUAAAAUUUCUUUUGUUAGUUUUUCCGAUUCUUCAUCGUGCCAUAUUUAAUCUAAAAUAAAAAAAUGCUGUUACAUCUAUAAGGGAACACAAGAGGAAUGGAGUUUUUUUUUUAAUUAUUUUAACGAAAUAAUUAACAACGAACACGCCACUACUUUGUUAGAUACACCUUCCUCCACCAUUACACAAAACCGUAUGCUUGCUUGGAAUUGUCACAACUUUUGAUUUGAUUUAUUUUAUUAUGAAACAUGUUUCAUUGUAGAACUCUUUCCCCUAUUGCCUACUCCAUCCUAUAUGAAUAAAGAAUAGUUCUUAUGAAGGUUAUGGAAAAGUCUAAGGGGGUUAUUUAAAAAAUAUUAUUUCUAAAAUUACUAAAAAAUAUGACGUAACCUUUAUGUUUUCUAUUCAACCUUUUUAUUAACCAGUUUUAGAAAAAAAUGUACCUUAUGGAAAGGUAUUUUUGUUUUUGGUUAUACUAUUAGUUCGACAAAAUAAUAUACAUAAUAUUCUGAAACAUCUUGUAUAAAGCUACUGUACCGAUCAAUAUUCAUGUAAGAUAAAAGGUUUCCUAAAUUUCACUUUUCUACUGCAUAAAUAAAUAAAUGAAUAAGCUACUAUAUCGUUCUCCAUAUAUUCAUGUUCAUUCUUACAAUUUAUCAAAAAUCUAGAAAAACAUCAUGUUUAUAUUUAAAACUGAUGAACACCAUUUAAUAUAGAUAUUCACGAUAGUGCGGUUAAACAAGAGUGAAUUGUGGUUGUACUUACAUUACAUAGUAAUUCCUUGGAAAAUUGAAUUGUUUAAAUGUGUUAAAUAACAUGUUUUUCAGAUGUCAAAGCAUGCAAGAAAACUUUUUCAAUUAAACGUAUAGAUAAAUCAAUCCAUUUGUUACAGGUGAUAUCCAAUAUAUUACAUGUGACUAAUGUUUGUUUAAUUAAUUUGUAUAAAUUUGAGUGUUUAAAUAAUUUUCAAAUAUUUUUUAAUAUUCUGAAUUACGUCAAGCCUGAAAAUUAUUUGCUGUUCUGUGACUGAAUUGUAUAUUGAGGUGAUGUUUUAGAAGAAAUAGUUAUAAUUAAAAUGACAGAAAAGGGUGUGUAAGGCUGAACGAAAACUAGUUUCAAUAGGGUAUUCAAUUCAUCUAAUUUUUAUAGGGUUUUAUCCAAACAAAAAAUAUUUUUGCAUUGAAAUUUAAGUAAUUAAAUUGACAUUGAUUAUAUUCAAAGUUGUAUAGCAUUAGGAAAUUCCAUAUUUUGGUAAGCUUUGGAAAGUAUUUUAACAUAUCUUAUUGGGUGUUCGUGGUCGUGAAAUUAGGACGAGAUGUGGUGUCAACCCUUUAAACAAAUACGCUUUACUUUAAUCUUUCUAAACAAACAAAAUAAACUUGAAUGUCUACUUCAAAAGUUAUGAUAUGAUCAUUGACAUGUUACAAUAUUGACAAAUGUCAGUCUUGUUGAGCUAUAGCUAAGUUUAUAAAGUAUUGUUAUUUUAUAAGAUUAUAUACCCAAUAUUUUUCAAACUUAAAUAGAUUUUUAUGUUAAUUAUGGAGAUAUUAUACGAUUAUUAAAAUUUUCGAUAACUAACUCACUAGCGCUUGUGGCAGUAAACUUCGUGAAUAAUAACCUCUAUUAUACACUCAUAAAUAAUAUACUAUUAUUAAUCACCCAAAUAAAUAAUUGAUUAUAUCAAAUAUAACAAUCUAUUGAUCUAUUGAGAUAGAAUCAAUUGAAUGAUAUUAAGGAUGCCACAUAAGUUAUUCAAUAGAUUCACAUAUACUUCAUAAUUGUACUUAUGUACAAUGUUUUUAUUAAUAGAAUUCAAAUUUUUUAUUUGAAUUAUGAAUUAAUAUUUGCUUCUCGAAUCAGUAUUCUGUAUAUUAUUUUAUAUUAAUUGUCAUUCUUUUCAAUUAACAAAUCGGGUUUUUGCUUUAUCACAGGUGUUGUUUUGAAAAUCGCCUCUUUUAGAUGAAAAUUUACUGAAUUACCUAUAUUACUGACUGUCACUCAUAUGACAUACAUAGUUUAUAAAUUUUGGGAUGCAGUUGCUAUGGCUUAUAAUAAAAAACCGAAAUAAAUAGAAUGUACACAGCAAUUCUUUACUUUUGAGGUAGAUUAUUAAAGUGAACUGUAAUUAGAAAAUAAUAUAAGUCUGAUAUGAAACAAUUAUUGUUGGUUAAAUGACCUGUAAAAUAUAUGGGUUAUUUGUGUACCGGCUAAUUAUAUCAAAGAAAAACAUUUGAUGUCCAUAAAUAAAAGUUUUGAUAAAA